CUUUCGAAGACUGAACAAAAUGGCCGCUACCAUGCGCCUGUCCGCUAAGGCUCAGGGCCGCGUUGGCGUCGCCCGCGCGGGCCGGAAGCUUACCGUUCGCGUUCAGGCCUAUGGCAUGAAGGCCGAGUAUAUCUGGGCCGAUGGCAACGAGGGUCGCCCAGAGAAGGGCAUGAUCUUCAACGAGAUGCGCUCCAAGACCAAGGUGUUCGACGAGCCGCUCGGCCUGGACGCCGCCGAGUACCCCGACUGGUCCUUCGACGGCUCCUCCACCGGCCAGGCAGCGGGCAACAACUCCGACUGCAUCCUCAGGCCCGUGCGUGUGAUCUCCGACCCCAUCCGCGGCGGCCCGCACGUGCUGGUGAUGUGCGAGGUGUUCGCCCCCGACGGCACCCCGCACCCCACCAACACCCGCGCCAAGCUGCGCGACAUCAUCGACGACAAGGUGCUGGCUGAGGACUGCUGGUAUGGGCUGGAGCAGGAGUACACCAUGC